CAUGAUGUCCGAAUAUGACAUCACACUCGUGAAUGACAGCAUGAUGGAGUUCAUUAUCUUCAUGGAUGGUCCUAAAGAUAGUCCUUACGAAGGCGGUAGAUGGAAGAUCAAAUGUGAACUGCCCAAUGGAUACCCAUAUAAAAGCCCUUCGAUUGGGUUCCUGAAUAAAAUAUUCCACCCAAAUAUUGAUGAAUCAUCGGGCUCUGUAUGUCUGGAUGUGAUCAAUCAAACUUGGAGCCCAAUGUUCGAUCUUCUCAACGUAUUUGAAACGUUCCUGCCACAACUUCUAUGUUACCCCAAUCCCGCUGAUCCGCUGAAUGGUGAGGCCGCGGCCCUGCUGCUGAGAGAGCCCGAAGCCUACAAAAACAGAGUUAAAGAUUACGUUAGAAAGUACGCAUCGCCGGCCGCGCUUAAAGAUGUUGAAGGUGCUGGUGGAGACGAUGAUGAGGAGAGUGAAUUAAGUGAGAUGGAGGAUCUAACGGAUGAAGAAGACAGCAAAACCUUUGAUAUGGAAUGAUCUUUUAUCGGAUAAAAAUCAACGAAUGUUCUAGAGUAGGAGUCAAUAGUUUACGACAUGUUUUGACAGCUGCUAUAUUCGAACGCAGUCGUACUGAAAGAAUCGACAUAUGCGAUAUGUUAGGACAACCAAAUUGUGUAGGGCUAGCGGUCAUGUCCGUACAAGCAGCAGCUGCUCGCUCGAUGGAGUUAUGAGUUCCGUUGGCCUCUUAAGGUUACACAAGUGAUCACGAGAGACUAUAUUAAACUUGUAUGGUGUACAAGUGUAAAACAAAUAAAUUAAAUUUGAAAUAAUGCCC